CCUCCGCUGGUGGUGGCGCGGGGUUGUAGCGCCGGUGGUGGCGGUUUCGGUGCACUAAGCCGGGAGCGCUGAGUCGUUCCCGGGGGCGGCAGCCAGGCUAUGAUCGCGGGUCCCUGGCUUCCCGCUCGGUCCAACCAGAGUCCUUUUUUCAGCUCUUGCCUGUCCCUGAGCGGUCUCCUCAACCCAGCUCCACUGCGCGGUUGGCAGCGGCGCCCCGGGCGCGCCCCCUCCUCCGAUGGCGGCGGAGAUCCAGCCCACGCCGCUGACCCGCAAGCCAAUUCUGCUGCAGCGGGUCGAGGGGUCCCAGGAGGUGGUGAAUAUGGCCGUGAUCGUUCCCAAGGAGGAGGGCGUCAUCAGCGUCUCGGAGGACAGGACAGUUCGUGUAUGGUUAAAGAGAGAUAGUGGACAAUAUUGGCCAAGCAUAUACCAUAUGAUGCCUUCUCCAUGUUCAUGCAUGUCUUUUAACCCGGAAACAAGAAGACUGUCCAUAGGUCUAGACAAUGGUACAAUCUCAGAAUUUAUUUUAUCAGAAGAUUAUAACAAGAUGACUCCUGUGAAAAACUAUCAAGCGCAUCAGAGCAGAGUGACGAUGAUCCUGUUUGUCCUGGAGCUGGAGUGGGUGCUGAGCACGGGACAGGACAAGCAAUUUGCCUGGCACUGCUCUGAGAGUGGGCAACGCCUAGGAGGUUAUCGCACCAGUGCUGUGGCCUCAGGCCUGCAAUUUGAUGUUGAAACCCGGCAUGUGUUUAUUGGUGACCAUUCGGGCCAAGUAACCAUCCUCAAACUGGAGCAAGAAAACUGCACCCUGGUCACAACAUUCAGAGGACACACAGGUGGGGUGACUGCUCUCUGUUGGGACCCCGUCCAGCGAGUUUUGUUCUCAGGCAGCUCCGAUCACUCUGUAAUCAUGUGGGACAUCGGUGGGAGAAAAGGAACAGCCAUCGAGCUCCAAGGACACAAUGACAAAGUCCAGGCUCUCUCAUAUGUGCAGCACACGCGGCAGCUCAUCUCAUGUGGCGGUGAUGGUGGCAUUGUCAUCUGGAACAUGGACGUGGAGAGACAGGAGACCCCUGAAUGGUUGGACAGUGAUUCCUGCCAAAAGUGUGAUCAGCCUUUCUUCUGGAACUUCAAGCAGAUGUGGGACAGUAAGAAAAUUGGCCUAAGACAGCACCACUGCCGCAAGUGCGGGAAGGCCGUCUGCGGCAAGUGCAGCUCCAAGCGCUCCUCCAUCCCUCUCAUGGGCUUCGAGUUUGAAGUGCGAGUCUGUGACAGCUGCCACGAGGCCAUCACAGAUGAGGAACAUGCGCCCACGGCUACCUUCCACGACAGUAAACAUAACAUUGUGCACAUGCAUUUCGAUGCAACCAGAGGAUGGUUACUGACCUCGGGAACUGACAAAGUUAUUAAGUUGUGGGAUAUGACCCCAGUAGUGUCUUGAUGACACUUCCAGGCAUCAGAUAGUAUUUCCUCAAAAAACGGUUCUCAUCAGAUCCUGCUGGAGCUGUAAGCAGAUGUGUGAGGAGAGAGAAGCUUGAAGAGCCCAGCCAGACUGGCACAUCGCCUGCACACAGUGGUGAGCGAGGGAGUGAACACUUGGAGGGACUCUUUCGACUUGUUCAUACAAUAUAAAAAGAAGAUAUUUUUUUAACAAAUGGUUUAUACAGUCUGGCUGUGCUACAUUAUGUUGAGUAUACUGAAAACUCUGUGUGCAGUGUUUCACUUUUAUGUUUUUCAACACUUCAUUUUAGUUGUUGCUUUGUGUGUGGGAGAAAUGAGGGAUCGGGGUAUUUGGGGUCAUUAUAAAGCAGUUUCCAUGUUUUCUUCACUUGGGCAUGGGUCAUGUGGUCAGCAUCUUUUUCUUCUCUAUGUAUCUAUGUACCCUCACCACCUGCUGAUCACCAGAUGUAUGUACGAGCAUUGACACUGUGUAUUCGCAGUGUUUCUGCUUUCACAGAAAUCCUCUUCAGUUGAAAGAUUUAGAAAACCAUCCAUGUGGAUUUACCGACUGACUUCUUGAGUCACCUGAAGAAUGACCUCUCUGUAAUGUCUAACUUGUUCAUGUUCUUAUUAAGUAGAAAUGACCUUGUGUCUCUGUCUCAGCUUUCUCUAUCUUUCCCGUGUUACAAAAUUCUGUGAGAAAGCUGUUCCCAACCAUUGUCAUCAUGGAAGUAGAUUAUUGUAACUCAGAGCUUCAACUAUCAUAUCAGUGCCUGGAUUUUUUCUACUUUAGUUGGAGCCUUCUGAGCCUUUUAUGUUUUAGUUUUAUUGACACAGCUCUCCCUCAUUUAUGAUAUUAAAAACAAACAAAAAACUCCUAUGUCCUUCAAAGAAAGUGUCUUUUAAGAUGUUCUUUUCCGUGUGACAUCACCUCUGACCUUGAAUAUGUUCAUUAAUGCGAGAUUGUAUCCUGCUCUGUUCCUCACCAUUGUCUUUUUGUUCCCCCUUUAAAAACUAGAACACUCUGCACACUUUCAUACUUAACACUGUGUGAUCUGAGACAUAAAAGGUACUGAAUCCUACAGCUCAUGCUGUGUCCUGUUAGGAAUGUAAAAAAAAAGGGCUUUAGAAAAUCAACUUGAAGAACUCUUAAGUUUAAGGGAAUCCGGUCAAACUUGAUAAAGUGAAAUAUUCUUGUGUGUAGUGACUCAACUCAGGAUAUUGAAGUCCUUUUUAAAAAUCUUAUUUUCACCUAUAAAAAUAGAAUUUAAAUGAGUGGGCAAGCAUGUGCUAUGUGCCCGCCCCAUUCUAAGCACUUUACAUGUAUCACCUCAGUCAGCCCUCACCUGUCCAGAGCAAUGGGGAUCACUGAGUCUCUUGGGGAUCACCAGGUUAAAGAAAGCCUUGCAAGUAAACUGGCCAAUUACUUGCCCAUCCCAAUCCAAGUCCUACCUCCACAGUGUCUUGUUCACUUCUGAUUUGACGGAUUUUUUUCCCUUUUCCUAGAAAGCACAUUUUUCUAUCAUGAUCAUUAAUUACGUUUCUUUUUAACCGGGGACAGUACCAGCAGCCAUACUUGGAUCCUGCCCCGAACACUGACCACGCAUGCUCCCUAGCGAUGACUGCUGCGGCAGCAUUGGGAAGCAGGACCAGUGGGUGUUCCCCAAUCAGCCGUGGCACGUGACAGCCACCCCCUGAGACAUCAGACCAGAUCAGCCCAUGUGACCAUACUCUAAGGUUGUAUGCACGUGCGCACGUAUACGGAAGUGAUUACCACUUGUCACUUCACUGCGCCCUUCCACACUACCCUUGCUUGCCAUCAAGCUGUUACAGUUAAUCUGAGUCUGUUCUGCAUGGUUGCUCUGCGAGAGAGCUAUAAAAGGGGAAUUAAAUUUAAGAUCUUCAGAUACCUAUUUUAUAGUUUAUUACUAGACCCUGCAGCCAUUACUAAGUUGUACAUAACAGAGAACUGUGUUGGAAAGGAGUGCUAGAAAUGGGUCACUCUGUUUUCGCUUCCUGAACUUUGGAGCGUGGCCACUCUACAAAGCGGGAGACACGUGUGAUGGAGGCGGUAGAUCAGGCACUCAGUAAGCCUGGCACGGGCCUGAGUCAGGUCUGGAUGCGCUCACACCCCAUGUGGGAAGCUGACUGUCCCUGUUGGAUCACAUGUGUACACCACGGUCACUCUGUCUGUCACCCUGCACUUCACUGUCAGCUCCCUCCCAGCGUGGCUGUGCCCCAGCCCACAGAACCACUCAGAGAUUAAACCCACUUGACACCUCAUUGGUGAUGAGCGUCACAGCCAAAAACCAUAGAUAUGUCAAAGUGUCUACUGCUCUGCCCUUUUCUUUCUCCUCAUCUGUGUGGGUGCUUGCAUUUGGUGAGAAGUGCUAAGCAAACCAACUGUGUAUGUUCGUAAUACUGUGAAUUCUUGAGUUUUACAUUAAGUGUCUCCACCAUUUUUGUAACUCAGAGAGAGAGAGGUGCUGGUGUUGGGUGUCUUCCAAGCAUUUUAUGGAAAUGGAGGCUUCAUUCCCUAGGAGUGAAAGCUGGCACCAGCACUUGACUUUUCUCCUGUCUAGGUCAGUUCUUAUUAGUUCUUGUUCAUAGUUCUUGUUUUACUCUAAUGGAUUUGCACUUUACAUAUAUUUUUGCUCUAUUACUUUGAAAUACAGAAGUUCUGGCAAGUAAUGCCUAACGGGGCUAUGUUGGGAAAGUGGCAAAACUGCACAUAUCAUGCACAUAGUUCUUUCUUUGGUAGGAUAAAUCCAAUCAAGUGUUCUCGGUUUCUCCAAAGAAAUGAUGUUACUGGAACCUUUAGCUGCCUAGGUAUGUCUCCACAGUAGCCAAAGUGGUUUUACACUAAGUCCUUGGAGUUGUGUGUCUUUUUAUAUGAGGUCCAUCAACCAUUAUGUAUGUCUUAUUUGAUUGUUUGAAUUAUUCAAAGAAUCAUAAAAUUGCAAAACUGGAAGGGAUCUUCAGAGAUCUAGAAUGUUCCAAGCACAAAACACUUUCGUCCAAUCAGGCAGUUAGAACAGCUGAGGUAUAAAUAAGAAAAUCUAAAAGAAAAAUUUUCAAGGAGCAGUUGUUUCUGAACAUUACUUGGUAAUGGCAUGAGCGGGAGGAGUGACUUGUAGCGCCUUGAAACAGGGAGCCCUCAGAAACCAGGUUUGUUCCUCUUAUCAUAGGCAAAUUUCACACUUCUUUUGGCCCCAGCCCUGUGGUUGAGGGGGUACUAUGCAGUGAGGCAAUUAUUGCAGGUCUUCAUCAGUGUAAACUUUCCUUCCUACAGUCUGCCCCCACAGACCACCCCAGCAGCAAUAUUUAAGUGGAAACCCAGGGGCACUGAAAAGGCACCUUACCCUAGUCAAGUUUUCCUGCAGUCAAGGCUAGUAUCAAAGUUUCUUUUUCCUUGGAAAUGCCUUGAAUUGUUAUCUUAAAAUGACCCGUGGUAACUAAUUUUUGAACUUUCUGUGUGGACAGCCCCUCACUGGAGGUGGCGAGGUAGAUCUGGAGACCGCACAUGCAUGGACUUGGCCUUGGCCUGGAAGACCGGACCUACUAAUUCCAUAAUUACUCAGGCGGGUUGGGCUAAGCUGCUCCCCUUUGAAAGAGGAAACACCUUGACCUGUGGCAGGAGGAGAUUGUUCUAGACAACUGGCAUUACACUGAUACGCAGCGCCAUGCCUUCCCGUGCAUAAGCAGGCAGCUGCUGCCCUUCAUUGCCCUCUGGGCCUUAAAUCAUUCUUGCAAGCAAUGGGUCAUUUCAGUACAGUGUGGUAAAUGUGAUCAAUCCUCGUCGCAGCGGCAUUCUCGCAGUGGAAGAGUAGAAGGGAACAUUUUUCUCAAUUCAGUGACAGUAAAAAUGGCUCAGGAAGCCACUGCCUCAGAGACCUGGCUCCGAGACCUGGGUGGCACCCAGCCUCCCACCACAGGCCGUGGCACUUUCUAGUUCCUGCAGUUCCGUCCAUUUGCCUUCUUUUUUCAGUCCCCAAGUAGCAUGUGUUCAUAGCUUAAUUCAGGAACAUCCAUGUUCAUGUUUAAACUUUAGCUCAGUUUUACAACCAAGAACUAUAUACUUGCCAAUUGAGGGGUUUUAGUUUUUAAUUUUGUCUUGAAACAUUAUCCUUUCCACUGAGAAGCCUAUUUAGGCCUAACACACCAAAGAAAUGUCUAAAAAUUAGAUGUCCAAAAUUGGAAUGGCAUCCCUCCUUCGUUUCUCAUGCCAGGGAAUGUUCGCACUGACCAUAGGCAGCCCCUUGUCCGUGGUGUGGGAAGGAGAUGAAAGCCUGGAGGAAGGGUUGAAGUCAGUGGUCGUUCUUAGGAUCCCUUCCAAUCCCGCGAUUCUAUGAUUCCAUGAAUGUUGUUAUUGGUCCCACCAAAACCAUUACCAGCGGCCGGCCCACGCAUGGCUGACUUCGCGCAGAUGAAUGGAAGCGUGUCGCAGCACCUGUGUCUUCUGUCAUAUCGAGAAAACUGCUUUGGGCAUUUUUCUAUCUAGAACCUUGGAGGUUUGAAAAAGAUGAAGGUGAAAGUUAAGCAUGGUUCCAUCUCAUUGAGAACAAAUACCUUAAAAUGUUCACCUUCAUGAGUCAAAAGUGUAUCUGACUUUCUUGGGAGAGAAAGUUUCAGGGAAUUGCAGGUUGGUUUAAAAGGUUAAAAUUAGAAUCUGCCCUUGAUAGUCAUGAUUCUCCCCACCCCUCAUUUUUUCUUUAUUCUCUGGGAAGCACGAGAGAGUGAACUAUAACACAAAGAGGGAAAAAAGCUUGAAAAAAGUAUUUCACUUAUAUACACUUUUUCCAUUUAAAUGGAUGGUAGCCUUAUGUCAGUAGCAUACACCAGAAUGAAGCAUGAACCAGAAUACUUGUGUCACUGGUAACUACUGCACUCUCAUAUAUAUUUGUUUUACGCCAUUUGCCUUGCUUUUUAAGUGACUUUUUUUCAGUGUACUGUCAUUUUGCAAAAGAAACUCUUUCUAUGAAAAGUAAAAAGACUGUUAUUAACUGGAAACAAGGGAGGUGCUAGCCCCACAUCGUGCCUACCGACCACUGUAUCCAGAACCGGGGCCAUGGACGCUUCUGCUCCGGACGCCCACCUGUGACCACACCGGAGCCUGGCUGCUGAGGGCAUGCUACUUGAUGGAUAGUCUUUCUUCCUUUUUGAAGUGAGAGUCUCCUAAGGGUCAGGCUGAGAAUGUAAUAGCCUGAAGCUGGAACUGAUUUCUCAGACGUGGUUCUCUGUCACCGAUUCCACCAACCAGACCAAGCAGUCUUGACAUGGAUUUCCUGAAUGUGAUGGGGUGGGACUGAGCAAGAAUUUCCUACAGUGUUAAAGUGUCUGUAUCCAGUUCUACAUGCAAAUGCUGCUGAAUGUUGUGAAUGUUUUAAACUCUGCUCCUUUUCCACUGUGCUUCCCUCCUACUAAUUACAUGUAGCCGUUACCAGUGUACGAGACUCAAUGCAAAGUCUUGCCUCCAUGGUUUAAAAUAAAUCUCUGUGGAAAACA